AUGCAGUUUGACUUGAAAAAUUUACCCGAGCACCGUGUUGGAUUCUGGCUACCCAAAGAUCGUAGUCACAUUACGAAAUGGGUCAAUAAGCUCAUGGAGAAGGCUCGAAAGAAAGAUAUUAACAACAUUGACCCUCUUUUGCAGGCCUUCAAAAAGGUCGUAACUUGCGAUAGGUACUUGAACGCGCUUUCGAUUUCCAUGUUCAACGAAGUACCGAACGUUUCCCCCUAUAACACUGAUCCCGACGGCCAGGCUGAAUUGAAAUGCUUCGAUGACAUGCUCUUAGCCAUCGAUACGAUCCUGACGACUGCACCUCCCUGGUCGGACGCGGCCGAAAUUAGCGGUCUUAUCGGCUUUCCAAUCAAUGCUAUACUUGACUGGCCAAUGGCAACUGCUUCUGGCUUCGCAUUUUUCUUGGAACCUAAAGUCAACGACUGUCUCAAAGGUAUUCUGACUAAAUGGUGCAAGUACCUUCAGGACGUCCAUCAAGAUUCCAACUUAGUUCUCCAUCCCCCCAGUGGCUGGCUUGGAACCGACGGACUCAACGCCUUGACCGCGAAGGGCAACCAGGACGGACUUUCUCCAGCUGAGACACAUACUUUCACGCAACUUUACGUUUGUCCUAAUCCAGACGACCCGAACACUUUCGGCUUCGAGUCGUGGGACGCUUUCUUUACCCGCGAAUUUCAGGACAAUGUGCGACCCCUUGACACUAAAGCGGAUAUCGUCCACGCUUGCGAAUCUGCCCCGCUUCAGUACCCGGUUAGCAAUGUCCAGCUCACAGAUAAUUUCAUGGGCAAGAAUCAGGCCUAUUCUCUCCAAAACAUGCUUGAUAAUGACCCCUUCGCUGAGCAGUUCGUUGGUGGUACAGUAUACCAAGCCUUCCUCUCAGCUCUCAGCUACCACAAAUGGGUUUGCCCUGUCGAUGGUACCAUCGUCAAAAUCACUCAUGUGCCGGGAACAUACUACUCGGAGAAUAUGUUUCAAGGCUUCUUUGGCGGGAAACCCGACGAGGCCGCUCCGAACAACUCACAGCCUUACAUAGCCUCUUUGGCGACUCGAGCGCUGGUAUUCAUCCAGGCCGAUAACGCUAAUAUCGGCCUUAUGUGCUUCAUCGCGAUCGGGAUGGCCGAAGUUUCCUCUUGCGAAGUGUAUGUCAAAGAGAAACAGUGUGUCAAAAAAGGUGACCCGCUGGGCACGUUCCAUUUUGGUGGCUCAACCCAUUGUUUGGUAUUCGGUCCAAAUGUAAAACUUAAGUGGAUUGGCCUUCCGCCUAAGGGUGACAAACGCUGGCAAAACAUGGACAAUUACCAUGUCAAAAGCGGGCUUGCUAAUGUAUGA